CCCCCCAAACUGAAGAGAAGUGGCCACACUCUGACAUCCAGGCUUCAUGUCAUAUCAGAAAGCAUUAGACAGCCUUAAUCCACCUCAGAUCCUGACUCUGCUUUUAAGCUAUUGUUAUUUAAUACAAAUGUCCAUCCCCCUUUUACUGCAGACUCCCUCCUCGUCCCUCUUAUUCCCCUGAACACACUGGUACAUUCAAUUAGUGCUUACAGCUAAAAACUCUUCUGCUUUUCUAAGCCACUUCAUCACUGUUGACUACGACUGUAUUUCCUUUCUUACUCAGCUUCUCUCUGGCACCCUGAGUUGAGCACUCACUGUGAAAAGCAUCUCUUCAGCUCUCUGGAGGCAUUCUCUGACUGCAAAUUACACCAGUGAAUGUCUCUUUGUUGUUUCUCUUGUGUGUGAGAGACAAAAAAAAGGAUGCAACGUUUUCAGGACACUGUAGCGGAGCAAAUUUACCAAAAAUGAUGACUAAUGGUAUUCUUCCAUCAUAAAUAAUUGGGAUGUUUAAAAACCUUGUUAGCCAUAUGUCUUCAUUACUUAGCACUUGGGAAUAAAAUGAUCUCCAGAUAGAUUUGUGGGCAAAUUUGUAAAAUGCCUUCCUCCCUGGAAACCAUUGGGAAAACGUCAAGGGAAAAUUAUGCUCAGCACACACCUUAUUGAAUUUAAUCUCCAUUACUCCAAAACAUUGCCAAUACGAUGCGUCAGCCCACCAGUCUCAUAACCACAAGCUCUGACCUGAUGUAUUAAAGCAGCCACAGCCUCUGUAGUUCCACAUGAGGAGGUCCAAGCCUGUUGAGGAAAAAUCUGCCUGGACUCAGUAGGCUGGGAGACAUUUGUCAUGCAGAGCUGCAGGGUGUGAGUGUGUCUGAGUGUAUUAAGAGUAAAGUGAUAGUCUUUAGUAACAUAGACAGCUGUCGUACUUCAUUAUGUUGAUGAGACUCUUCAUCCGUGUCACCCAGAGGGGCUUUGCCACACCAAAAUGACUUCUCAGUGAAAUGAUAAUUUGAGUUGCUAAGACUGCUGCUGAAAGCAACCGGGUUUGGUUUUCUGAUUUUAGCUAUUUUAUGAUGAAAUAACACUACUUUGUCCAAGUGUCAGUUACUUGACACACAGAAAAACUGAAGCAGUUUGAUUUAAAAAAAAAAAAAAAGUACUUGAGCAGCAUAAAACUAAUAGAUUGAGACAGGGUCCCUCUUCAAGACCCAGACCACAAGAUGGAGGAUGGAGGAGCUACUUAUGGUCAAUAUUCUACUCUACUUCAAAUUUCUCUUACAUCUUUCAGUUAAAAUUAUAUCACUGGAAAUAGAGUAGAAUGAACCUAGCCAUGAUACUGUUCAGAACUGUGAGGAAAUACUUUAGGUUCAGACAGAAAGGUUGUUGUUAAUUUUAUUUUGGUAGUUCACUACUCAGAAUCAACGAGUUCCUUUUAUGCGUAUUUUAUUUUGGAAAUCCCAACCGGACGCUGUCUGAUGUCAUUCUAGCUGACUUGACGGUCUGGGGUCUCCUCUCUCCCACUCUGCGGUUGUUGGUCGCUGUCAUCAUGCAGGUGGAAUCUGCGCAAUGUAGCUCAGUGUAGGGAUCUCCAGCAAGACACAGCAGCCCCACCGACACACACAGAGACACUGGACUCUGGAGAUCAGACUGUGUUUACCGCUGUAGAGGAACCAAUCAACAAGCCACGGGGAAAAAUCAGCAAAUUAGAAGAUUUUUCUCUGCUUUCACUUGAUCACUAGUUUGUUUUAGUUAACAGCGGCUUAAUCAUUUUGACACAAGAUGAUGAUACAGCUAAAAUAAAAAGGCAGUGGCAUUCAUCUGCUGGAAUAACCACGUUGUGUUGAUUCUGUCAGACUGUUUUUCUCUCCUGGCGCAGUCCAACUCAGCUGGAGUCGCAUAGGAUGCCAUACAAUCCUAUAGGAAGUGACUCUCGUGGCUCGACAGGCAACAAUUUCCCAAGAAACGUAAAGGACGCGAUCUCUGUCCUGCGGAUCUUUCCCUUGUAAACACACGGACACGAUGGAUGAAGGCACUGCCACCGAGACCGUCCCAGAUCUGAAAGACAUAGAGAUGAAGAUCGGCCGGAAGACCCCCGAGGGUUUGCUCAGGUGGAUGCGGGAAGAAGCGUCCUCUGUCCGCGGAGACACCAAGCUGCCUGCCGCGCACGACACCGGCAAGGAGACGGGGAAGAAGAGUUUGGAUGAAAAGAUCAGGAAACUGAAGAUGGAGAUGGCCCACUUACGCUCAGUGGAUGUGAAGAUCUUGCAGCAGUUGCUUGCAGUCCAUGAAGGUAUUGAGGCAGUGAAAUGGCUGCUGGAGGAACGCAGCACGCUGACCAGCCGGUGCAGUAGCCUGACUAGCAGCCAGUACAGCCUGGGAGAGGGCCCCGACACCUCCUGGAGGGGCUCCUGGAGCAGCCUGCAGGACCCUAACGACAAGCUGGACAACAUCUCCAUCGGCAGCUACCUGGACACCCUGGCAGACGACAUGGAUGAGUACUGCCCCUCUAGCUCAGAGUCAGUGAUCUGCUCCACCGCACCGCUGGUUUCGGAGGCUAUUGCUGGGGGCCGGACAGGGGGAGGCCCUGGGACCACAGUCACAGCAGCAGGGACAGGAGUAGGGGUAGUGGUGAGGUCUGGUACUGGGCCUGUGAGUGGGAGUCGGGUUGGGGUAAAUGAGAAUGGAUUUGGGGCUGGAAAUGGGAUGGAGGUGAAAGGUGGGAUUGCUGGGACUGCAGCUGGGAAACCAGCUAUUCCUGUCAGCUCUCCCCAAGCCAAGUCUGAGGGCCCCAAGCAAGAUGCUCCAGUGUGGACCAAGGCUGGAGAGACAGGCAAGGGAAGCCCCAUUUCUAAAGACAAUAUCCAGACACAGUCCAUCAAGGUUAAUGGUAUCCUGGAGAAACCAGCCACACAAACAGGCAGCCCUAAUCGCCCUAGCCUCUCUGAGAAACUGGGAACCAACCAGAGCCCCAAACUCAAAAAUGGAAAUUACAAAAAUGGAAAAAUUGACUUGGACACUUGCAAAAUGAACGGUAAAAUGCAUCUUGAGUACGACGCGCACUGGCGGUGGGUGCAGUCGCAAGAAGAUGUGACAUUUUUGUAAGAAAGAUAAUACUAGAGGGGAUUGAAUUCACUAUUGAUCACUCCCGCUGUAACAUCAAAGACCAGAUCACUGAAGGUUAGAAAAAGACUGAACUGCUGUUGUGAAAUGCACAUAGUGAGGCUUUCUUUGUUGAAAGACACUGAGUUUGAAAGACAAAGAUUAACCUUUUUGUUCUGUUGUUCCCUCCUGUGACUGCACUAACUUUCUAUAAAACAUUGAUGUCAGUAUUAAGAUGGAUGCACAUUACAGGAUUUUGACCAUAGUUAGCCAAACUGGGCUGCCUCACACAAACUUAGGAAAAUCAAUUUAAAAAUCCUGUGUCAUAGUUUUUCUCAGGGUCUUUCUUGGCAUUCCCUGAUUUGAUUUGAUUUGAUUUCCCCUAGAAAUAAAGCACAGUGAGGUGAUCUGCCAGAGAGCUGGAACAUGAUUUCAGAUUGACCUGUGGUAUAUAUAAGAUUUGACUCUCUCCUAUUCACCCAAAAAAUAAUAAAGUACAAUACUGUAUACCUGUUAUGAGCCCAAAACAAUAAAGAUUGCCCUACAAUUAUUUUAUACUGUAUAUCCUAUCAAACAUUUGUGGAUCCUCUACAACAGUACUUCCCAGUUAUUUUGUUUUGUGACCCCUUAAAAGGAAACAAAUGUGGCCUCUCAUUACAGGUUAUCGCCUUAUUGUGGUCACAAACUGAGAGCAGAUCAACCAGAUGAAUUUUCCUUCUUGGACCUUUUAUUUAUUGAAGGCAAAAACGUUUUAAAAAGACAGUGUUUUGUUAAACAGAUUUUUUUCUUUCAUAUGUCUUUUUCAUUUUGCUUGGAAUCCUUUGGGGGUGCUUACCCCUAUGUUGGGAACCACUACUCUAUAAUCAUCACUACUUUCACUCAACAAACAAUAGCACUGAGAAAGCCUGCUGUACUGCAUUUAAGGUAGUAGUAAUAGUAUAAAACCAAAGUUUCCCCCUUAACAAUCUUUCAUCAAAUUCUAAUAAAAUAUAUUGUAUAAACCCUUACUUUUGGACAAUGUAACUAAAUACCUCCAAUGGUUAUAGACAAAACAAAAGUUAAAUAUUAAGUAUUAUCAUCAAAUCUGUGAGCAUGUUUCUCCCCAAACACUCCUGAAAAACAGUAGAUGAUAUGAACAUAGAGGACAGAGCACUGAAGUUAGUAAACAUUUCCCCAUCUGAGAAAUAAUGUACCCACUGUUAACAUUUGUGUCUUUGUGGAGCUAAUACCUUCAGUGAUUAAUCAACCAUCUGCAAUAUUGUAUAGUCACUGAAUCGCAAUACAGCUACUCUGUGCAUCAGGUACUAGUCGUGACUGAUUGUAGGCAAAUCCUGAAUGUGGCUGAAUAUUUUUUGUUUUGUUUUUUUAAAGUUAUGGUAAUCUGUGUUCAUUUUUAAAGCAGAUGUUGUGCCUGAUUGGUGUAAACCUUUACUACAUAUGCCUGUAAUUUCCCUCCUGAGAUAACUGCACUGUCGUUAUGAUAAUCUGAGUUUUUGACUGAUUUUUUUUCUUUUCUUUUUUUUUUUUUUUGCCUCCUCCUGGCCACUGCUUGCGUGUACAAAUGGCUAGACCAACAGUCUGUGUGCUCUUGAGUGUCGAGUGGUAAAUGUGUUGCGUUGGCUGGGUGGAUAUUGCAUGCCCUGUACUGAGAGCUUUAUUGGUUGAAUCGUGAGAAAUGCGUGGACAACCUGACACAAUCAGAGAAAAAAAAGCAAUAUUUCUCAAAGCCUUUCUGCUGGCUCACAUAAGCAGCCUCUUCUCAGUAAAUGAAUAUUGUCUGAUCUUCAGGAGCUUGAAAGACUACUGACAGGGGAGAUGAUGAUGAUGAUGAUGAUGGUGUGUGUGUGUUUGCGUGUGAGAGAGAGAGAGAGAGAGACAGAUGCUGACUGCCUGAGCACAGCUGGCCUGUCAGGUUCGGAUAAGAAUAGAUGAGUCCCAAAGCUCUACAAGUGUUUUCAGCUCAUUCAUCACAGCGUCACUAAACCUCCUACUAGUUUGCAGUUAGUCAUGUCAAUGCUGCAGGGUUAGAGAAACACACUGAAUAAAUGGAGGACAUAUUACAUAAUCAGUACAUAAAUGUUUAAUGCUACAGUGUACUUUAUCCCCCCAAAAAAGGCUUGGCUUACCCUCUCCUACCUUUUUAUAUGACCUUCUGAAAAGCUGACAUUUAAAGAGAAUGUCUUACUUCCCUUGUGUGGUGUCGUCGUGCACUUCUGUACCCAUCUUUCACUUGAGUCUGUCCUUUUACUGCUGGGAAUUGUUUGAAACUUUUCAGUACUAGUGCCAACACAAUAUACUGUAUGAGCUUUGAUACGGAUACCAAAACAGCUGAUGGCUCUUGAUACUCAGUUCUCAGUCAGUACUAAAAAUAUAUUCCCAGUCCUUGUCCUUAGUCCCUAAAAGUUGUAGGCCGAGGGUUUUUUAUUCAUGUGAUUCUUGCAUAUUUUUUUUUAAACCACCCAUUUGACCAUUAGCUAAGUCCUUUCCCUUUGGCAUUUCUAGCCAACAGCUAUCGAUUUUCUAAAUUUCAAAAUCUAAAAUUGUAACUGCACUUGUCAGAUAUUAUCAUCUGUGCUAGCUAGCUAAGUCCUCGUCCUUAAAGCCCUCUGAGGAUGAGGACUUAGUGAUGUGUUUGGCAAAUGUAAUGGUAGCUCAGAUGAAGUUGACUGGAGUUGUUGGAUGGUAUACUGAAUAGUAACUAUGCUAACGUUAGCAUAAACUCUGACACCAUCCAGGACCAGUACAUUGCAAGAUGAAACACAGCUUUUUUUUUAAUGUAACCUUUAGCCCCACAAGUUUAACAAUUAGCUAUCUCUUUGUUGUGGAAGUAGCCUAACUACUUUAGGUACUCGGCUAGUUAGGUGCACAUGCUAAUGAUUGAGUUUACAAGAAUUGAUUAAACACAUGCCUCACUCCAGCUCUUACACAGACCUGUGAACACCACUUCAACAUGUGGAUAAAUCCAAAGCCUGACAGGCUGCUGCCAUUUCUAAUACAGGAGGGGUUUAGCAAAUGGUCAGUUAAUGGACUGUGGUUGUUAACUGCCACUGCUUGCAUCAAUAUAAUGCAAAUAGUUGUUACAACAUGUCGACUUAGGCAACUAUAGCCAGUCCAUCUUAAUUCACUUUCUGUUGAAUUUCACUGUUCAGAAACUCUAUAGGCAGCUACAGUAAUGUAAAACUGUUAAUGUUAAACUCAGCAUCUCCCAUUUGUUUGAGCCACUGAAGUGUUUCCUCUCCUCCUCCUCCCUUUCUUUUCAUCCUACUUUCCACCACCACGCUGGCUUGAUGGAAAUGUUCAGUUGGUGCCAACACACACAUCAUGCACACACAAUGCCCUCUCACUGGAAACAGCACCAUAAAACCGGCACCACAGAAACAGGCCAGUCCUGGAGACCAGCAAGGAAAACUGAGCUAAAACUGGACCGUGAACUCUUGGUCGAGUUGGAACAGUCUUUUCCCUCUCUACAUACAAAUGGAACAUCUACCAGUCACUGGAUGAGUAUUUCAGCCACAGUAUAUCAUCCAGCCACAGUAUAGACAUGAAGUCAUUUGAAACCUCCUUCCCUUUUUAACAUAUGUGUUGGCUGUAAAGCUAUAUUGCAUGCCAAAGAGACUGUCUGCUCUGCUAGUUUGUGGUUUUCUUUCCAAAUUAGCUGAACCAUAUACACAUUUUCGUGUUGGGAACAAACCUGUAAAACACAUUACAUCUAUAGCUAUAGUGUGUCUUUCCGAAGAUAUACGGUAGCCCAUGAUGGCUUAAUGUGUUUUCACUGGGCAAAUCCAGUCUAACAUUGCAAUAUCAACAUUGUUUUAACAGCUCUUUGGCAAAGAUUUAAUGAGUGCUGACAGUCUAGGUGCCAGGAGGAAUUGCUUGUGGUCUGAUUGUUUUUGAAAGAGUGGGAUGAUAACUGCUUUGUGUAUGGGUAAGAAUGGAAGUGUCGCUAACUGGCAAGCUUGUGGAAAAUACCUUUUUAGUCAAAGCUGAAAGAAAAGCCACCUCUCCUCACUUUACAGAAUUCUUAGAAGGUUUGAAGGUAAACACAACACAGCAGGCUAGUUUCCUAAAAUCCCUUUGUUCUACCCUUUUAUAUGCUGUCCAGGAUUUAUCAGAUGCCCAGUGCGUGAUGUGUUUGCCUUGGCUUCAGGUGCCAGGCACCCUCCAGCUAUUCUGGGCACAAGACAAACAGCAUGAUUACAUAGAUGAGUGGACAUCCACAUGGUUGUCAUGACAAUGAGACCGAACAGGCUUCAGCUCCAGUGGCUACAUAAAACAAUGUUUACUGCAGCAGCAGCAGUAUAGCACUGCUGUUUGGAUAAUGGCUGGUGUGAUAAAAGAGAUGACAUGACUGGUGAUGAAUACUGUUAAAAUUAUGAUUUACACCUUUUGUAAGUAAUUUUGUGUUGAAUUCUGGUUACAUUUUUCACCCUUUAUGAAGAUGUUUUAACUAAUGGCUGAAACCUUUUCAUUCAUGACUUAACAUUUAUAAGAUAAUCCUUUAUUAGUCCCACAAUGGGGAAAUUUACAAUAUCUGCAGACUCAGUGAUUACGUCCUUUUAUUAUUAUGACAUUUCAUCAGUUAAACUUAGAGACUUGAAGGCUUAUCAGAGUGAGAAACCCAUGAGCACUGAUUAAUAGAUUACGCACAUUUAACUGCAUUUUUACCAGAGAGGAUAAACACCAACCAAUGUGAUCUUCCACACUCUCACAAGCCUAAAACUUGUUCUUAUUAAUGUGCAUAAUUAAUCUGUAAAGUAUUUGUAAAUCAUUAUUUAAACAUUAACAGAGCCAUUGGUUACAACAUAUAAACACUUAGGGUGUCAUACCCAAUUUCAUUAUGAUCUUCCAAAAAGAUUUAAUAUCUACUGUAUUAGCUUUAGAUAAAAGGCAUAUGGGCCGACUGAGAGAAUAUGAAUGAAUCAUGCUAAAAAAGCACUAAACUUUUAAUCUCAGUGAAGCUUUCCUGGUAUUGUACGUAUUUCUCUUGUCCUAAGCUAAACAAAUGUGUUAUGAGUCUGAAGCAGAAAUCAGAAGCCACAGUUAAACUCAAGUCGACCAUUCAGUGUCAGCUGUAGACGAUAAUUAUGUUCCUGGAGAUAUUAGCUUUUUCAUUUUCACUGCAGCACACUACAUCACUGUACAUGAAAUCACUGCUGCUGUCGAUUUUACUCCCCGCUGUUCUGCUCAGUAUUCAUACCCUCUCUGUAAGCCACCCGAAAUGCUGUCAAGAGCCUUUUGGCUGCAAGUUUUUGGCCAUUUUUGAGAAGCUUAAAGACAGACUGUUUGUGUCUCCCAGGAGGCAGAGUAGAGGUAGAAACAGUGAGCUGAGCAGCGCAGCAUGCAGCUAAAAAGGAAACUUCCACUCCCGGUGUCCUGCUGUUUUCUUCCUUCCUCUUACACAUAAACAAACACACAAGCACAAUUUAGCCCAGGACUGACGUGGGUCUCUAAGUACCUGACAGCUCCUCCAAGAGAGCCAUUAAGCAUUUCCUUUCCCUGAAUCUUAUUUAUACUUUAUCCCUGUGUGUGUGUGUGUGCGUGUGUUUUUGUUCACAUCUUAAACUGCUCAAAAGAGUGAAUUGAAAUAAACCCCACUGAGUGCACACUGGGCUCUGAACAGGGUCCACAAUUUAACUUAGAGAACACAAAGGAAAGAAGUUUGGAAGAUAAAAGCCACUGAGACCGACUGCAGUACACUGGAUCAGUCGAAUCGAUAUCUCGCUUGAGUGAGUGGAACAGUUUUCAUUUUCAUGGUACGAUGCAUUUUUAUUAUUUUGUUAUGCAAUGUGCCCAGAGAAAAAUGUUAUUUUUUUCUUUGUAAAGUGGAAAUGUUCAAUAAAUACCUGAUUAUGUUCAUUGAUGUGGAGAAGUAUAUUAUGCAGUAUGUAAAUUAUACAAGCUUAUCCAAUGAUUAAAGAUAUUUUAAAUGUU